AUGGGACCAUGGGGUAGGUGCAUGGGCAGCGAGUGUGGUCCGGGAGGAAGUCAAAGCCGAGCGGUUUGGUGUGCCCAUUCUGAAGGCUGGACCACGUUACACACCAACUGCCAGCAAUCGGAGCGGCCCAGCAACCAACAGAAUUGCUUCCGGGUGUGCGAUUGGCACAAAGAGAUUUACGACUGGCAGCUAGGGGCCUGGAACCAGUGCAUGCCAGUGUCUAUGCGCAGUGCGGGCAUGCCAAGGCCAGCGGUGUGCACUCGAGGCGAAGAGGGCAUCCAGACGCGGGAAGUGGGCUGCGUGCACAAAUCGGAUGCUGUUCCCGCAGAAGAUGCCAUCUGCGAGUACUUUGAGCCCAAGCCACGGUUAGAGCAGGCCUGCCUAAUCCCAUGCCCACACAACUGCGUAGUGUCCGAAUUCUCCCCAUGGACGUCCUGCUCCAAGAGUUGUGGGAUGGGUCUGCAGAACCGCUUGCGAUGGGUUCUAGCCCCGCCCCUUUUUGGCGGAUCGGCUUGCCCUAACCUCACAGAGUUCCGCACCUGCCAGCCAGGCCCCUGCGAGGGUGAGGAGAGCCUGCACAGCCUGAGGGUGGGACCUUGGGGCCCCUGCAUGGCUUCACCUAUACGACAGACCCGAGAAGCCAGAGAGCCCAAACCUGAACGGAAAGCAAAGCGGGACCGGCAGGCCAGGCAGGAACGCCAGGGCAAGCGUCGCAAAAACAAAGAGAAAAAGGAGGUGAAGGAAAACAAAGGAGAACGUGUGAAAGACAGGGUCAGGGUAAAGGGAAGGAUGAGGGACCCUGAGACCCGAGAGCUCAUCAAAAAGAAGAGGACGAGGAAUCGUCAGAACCGCCAGGGCUUGAAGUUCUGGGACCUGCAGGUGGGCUACCAGACCCGGGAGGUGACGUGUGUUCACCGAAGCGGAAGCACAGCGGCACUCAGCCAGUGUAACCAGCAGACUCUUCCUGUGACAUAUCAAGCGUGUGUCAUCCCAAAGGACUGUGAAGUGACCGAGUGGUCGGACUGGUCUGCCUGCUCAAAGGAGUGCUAUGAUCUGAAUGGGCGUAUGGGACAGAGGACACGCACACGUCAGGUGAAGCAGUUCCCAAUGGGUGGAAGAGCCGAGUGUCCUGAGCUGGAGGAGACUGAACCGUGUUAUCCUCAAGGAGAAGAAAUCCCGCCAUGUAUAGUGUAUAAUUGGCGAACCACAGAGUGGAGCGAAUGCAGGGUGGAUGUGCUCCUUAGCCAACAGGACCGUCGCCGGAGUAACCAGACAGGGCUCUGUGGAGGCGGGGUUCAAACCAGGGAGGUCUACUGCGUUCAAGCCCCCUCCGAAACCUCAUCUAACCUCAGCUCCCUCAAGAGCAAAGACGCCUUGCGGCCAGUGAACAGUGACCUGUGUCUGGGCGUUUCUCCCAACACCACCCAGCUCUGCCAUAUUCCCUGCCCUGUGGAGUGUGAGGUGUCCUCCUGGAGCGCAUGGGGGCCCUGCACCUUUGAAAACUGUCAGGAUCAGUCCACAAAGAAAGGUUUCAAACUGAGGAAAAGGAAAAUCAUGAAUGAGCCCACAGGUGGCACAGGAAAUUGCCCCCACCUGACGGAGGCAAUUCCCUGUGAGGAGCCCAGUUGCUAUGAAUGGCUGCUGGUGAAGCUGGAGGAGUGUGUGCCUGACAAUGCCAAAGCAUGUGGACCGGGAACCCAGAACCCACAAGUACAGUGCAUCAACAGUGACGGUGAAUACGUGGACAGGCAGCUGUGCCGGGAUGCCAUUCUUCCCAUGCCUGUGCUGUGUGAGGUGCCCUGCCCCAAAGACUGUGUGCUCAGUCCCUGGACUUCAUGGUCUCUGUGCUCCAAUACCUGCUCAGGGAAGAACUCAGAGGGCAAGCAGACCAGAUCACGCUCCAUUCUGGCCUACAAUGCUGGGGAUGGUGGAGGUCAGUGCCCCAACAGCAGCUCCUUGCAAGAGGUCCGCAACUGCAAUGAUCAUCCCUGCACUGUGUACCACUGGCAGACGGGGCCCUGGGGUCAGUGCAUAGAGGACACCUCCGUUCCGUCUGCCAACAGCUCGCUCAGCCGCACAGGAGCAGGAGUCGGCACUAAUGAGGCAUUCAUCCAAACUCGAAAACACACUCGUAAACUCAUCAAUGUCCGCCACAAUCCACCCAAAAAGUGCCCAGAGAGUCUGCGUCCAGAUACUGUAAGACCGUGUCUUUUGCCCUGCAAGAGAGACUGCAUUGUCACUCCGUACAGUGAUUGGACACCCUGCCCUUCCACCUGCCAGACAGGUGGUGUCAUCAAAAAGAAGCAAUCAAGGAAACGCAUUAUCAUUCAGCUUCCAGCUAACGGGGGCCAAGACUGUCCAGAAGUGCUCUUCCAGGAGAAGGAAUGUGAUGCCUCAUCUGUUUGUCCAGGCUACAGGUGGAAAACCCACAAGUGGCGCAGGUGUCAGCUGGUGCCCUGGACCAUUCGUCAGGACAGUCCUGGAGCACAAGAGACUUGUGGACCAGGACUACAGGCUAGAGCCGUUUCGUGUAAAAAGUUGGAUGGUGGACCUGCAGACGUCGCAGCCUGUCUUAAAUUUGCAGGUCCUAUGCCUCAACUCACUCAGUCCUGCCAGCUUCCAUGUCAGGAUGACUGCCAGCUGACUACCUGGUCCAAAUUCUCAUCCUGCACCGCAGAUUGUGUGGAUGUCCGAACUAGGAAAAGGACUCUUGUUGGUAAAAGCAAAAAGAGAGAACAAUGUAAAAACACACAGAUGUAUCCUCUGAGCGAAACCCAGUACUGCCCCUGCAACAAGUACAAUGCCCAGCCCGUGGGGAACUGGUCCGACUGCAUCCUGCCCGAGGGUGGGCGAGUAGAGGGCCUUCUGGGUAUGAAAGUGCAAGGUGAUAUCAAGGAGUGUGGCCAGGGUUACCGGUUUCAAGCCAUGGUGUGCUAUGACCAGGACAACCGCCUCGUGGAGACGUCACGCUGCAACAGUCACGGUUACAUAGAGGAAGCGUGUAUCAUCCCAUGUCCAUCUGACUGUAAGCUCAGCGAGUGGUCAAACUGGUCCCGUUGCAGUAAGUCCUGUGGCAGUGGAGUCAAAGUACGGUCCAAGUGGCUUCGGGAGAAACCUUAUAAUGGUGGCAGACCCUGCCCCAAACUGGACCAUGUCAAUCAGGCUCAGGUGUAUGAAGUGGUACCAUGUCUGAGCGACUGCAGUCAGUAUGUCUGGGUGGCUGAGCCAUGGAGCAUCUGGAAGGUCAGUAAUGUUGAUCUGAAGGAGAACUGCGGGGAUGGUGUACAGACGAGGAAAGUCAGGUGCAUGCAGAACACUGUUGAUGGACCUUCAGACCCUGUAGAAGACUAUCUCUGUGAUCCAGAGGAGAUGCCGCUUGGAGCCAGAGAGAGCAAGUUGCCCUGUCCUGGGGACUGUGUUUUAACUGACUGGGGCCCUUGGAGUCGAUGCCCAUUGCCAUGCAAUGUGAAUAGUACAAGGCAGAGGACCGCCAGCCCUAUACGUCAGCCUGGGGAAGAGAAACAGUGUCCUUCAACUACAAAGAAAGAAACAUGCACCCUGAACACCAACUGCUUCCAUUACUCCUAUAAUAUUACAGACUGGAGCACAUGUCAGCUGAGUGAACGAGCCGUAUGUGGGGUUGGAUUCAAAACACGCAUGCUUGAUUGUGUUCGCAGUGAUGGCAAGUCUGUGGACCUCAAGUUUUGCGAGGAGCUUGGUCUCGAGAAAAAAUGGCAGAUGAAUGCUUCCUGUGUGGUCGAGUGCCCUGUCAACUGCCAGCUGUCUGAUUGGUCGUCCUGGUCUGAAUGCUCUCACACCUGUGGUCUUGCAGGUAAGCCAACACUUCAUGUUGAAGACCUUGAUUUGAAGUUGGGUAUAUGCCAGAACACUGUAAAAAUUCACAGUUUUUCAUGGAGCUUCACAGAGGAUUCUCCAAAGGGAUGGUCCAUCACGGCAGACUGCAGCAAAGAUGAAUUGCAUCUGGUGCUCAUGGAGAAGGACACCCUGCUACAGCUGGAGAUACAGCGCCCCUUCCCCAUUAAACCCUGCUACAGCUGGAGAUACAGCGCCUGGUCUCCAUGCAAAUCUGAGGGUGCACGGUGUGGGGAGGGUCUGCGCUUCAGGAACGUGUCCUGCUUUGUGUCUGAUGGCUCAGGGAAGGAUCCGGGCAGUAUGGUGGAUGAGGAACUGUGUGGAGACCUGGAGCAGACAGUGGAUGGGGACAAACAGAUCAUCCUGCAGGAGUCCUGCACGGUGCCCUGUCCAGGUGAGUGUUACCUGACAGAAUGGACAGUGUGGAGCCCGUGUCAGCUGAGCUGUAUCAGCGGGGACGAUCUGGGAUUCGGUUCAGUGCAGGUGCGUUCUCGUGCUGUUCUAGCCCAGGAACCUGAGAACCUUCUUCAGUGCCCAGAACAGGAAUGGGAACCCAGGCCAUGCACAGAGGGCAAGUGUUUUGAGUACAAAUGGAUGACCGGUCCAUGGAAAGGCUCAUCUCGACAUGUCUGGUGCCAGCGAUAUAAAAAUUUGAACUCCUUGCCUGCAGGAGGAUGCCCAUUGACAAGCGAGCCGGUAUCUGACAGGUCAUGUGACCCAGCCUGCGACAAACUUCGCUCCUACUGCACUGAGGCUGGAGUAUGCGGCUGCGAUGAGGGUUACACUGAGGUGAUGACUUCUGAUGGAGUAUUGGACCAGUGCACGGUCAUACCGGUGCUUGAGAUCCCCACCGCAGGAGACAGUAAGGCUGACGUGAAGACGAUCAGAGCCCUCAACCCCACUCAGCCCACCGCCAACCUGCCAGGCCGCUCCGGACGCACCUGGUUCCUCCAGCCCUUCGGACCCGAUGGCACACUGAAGACCUGGGUGUAUGGUGUGGCAGCUGGAGCUUUUGUACUGCUAGUGUUCAUUGUCUCUAUGACUUACUUAGCCUGUUUUUGUAUCCUGGCCCGGCGCUCUCCUCCGAGCCCGGACCCUUCCAUUACCUCUGUGGUUUGGGUCGGACCCAACGACCAAGAGCUGAUAUAUACCUGCCCUGACUGUCAGCGCAUUGAGACUCAGUUCAACUAGAGCUCUCUGCUCAGCCCCUUCCCUCAUGUCCAAUCAUGUCCAUCACCUGUGCCUUCUCACUGUCACAUGUGCCUUUCUGACCAAUCACAUGGAGCUGUUUGGUGGAG